AUCUAAGAAAGAGAAACAAAAAGUCCUGAUAGCCUUUCUCCCAAGGUCUGCCGGGUCUUAAGUUGUCACAGGGGCCCUGCCCUGGGCAUGUGACUGGACACUGUGGUUCCAGUUCAGCCACCCCAGCCCUGCAGUUGUGCUGCAGAAAGCCAAGCCGUGGGACAGGAGGUGCUUGUGACAACGAGCUUCUAUCAGGAGCCACAAGGAGCCCUGCAGCUGCUCGGUGCCUCUGGCCAACGCUUCCCUCUGCACAAGCCCUGCUUGAGCGAAUACUGAGGGAGCCAAGAGGGACGUGAUGCUGCCUGUGACCCGUGUGCUGGCCUUGGGCGCUUGGCUGGUGUCACUGGGCGAGGCUACACCAAGUGCCCCCCCAAUUUCCAUCUUCCAGAAGCCACCAGGGGUGAUCCCACCUGGAGGCUCCACCACCAUCUACUGCAUUUGCCAGUGCAGCAGUGGGAGCUUUAGGAUGUACAAGGGCGGCCACCAGCUCCCCACCCUGGAGCAGAGUGGUGGCAGGGCCAAGUUCUCCAUCUCUAAUGCCACCUACGAGGACAGAGGUAGCUACGUCUGCCAUUACCUGGAGGGAGACACUGAGCUGGCUCGAAGCACUGGACUGGAAGUCUUUGUGGAAGAGCUCCGUCUGCCCGGACCCAACCUCUCUGUCCUCCCUGGGCACGAGGUGGAUGUGGGAGCUGAGGUGAUGUUCCGCUGCACCACCACACAGCCCAGCACCAGCUGUUACCUGUACCUGGAGGGCCAGAUGGAAGUGCUGCUGUUCCUCAGGGAACAAGGGAACCACAAAUUCUCCCUCGUGCAGAAAGGUCACAGCGGCCGCUACAGCUGCCAGUGCAUGAAUGGUUGGAAAGAAUGGUCUGCUGUCAGCAACACCCUGGACCUGGUGGUGAGAGAUUACACGCUGUGCAACGCCGUGCGCCUGGCGCUGGCGGCCGCGCUGCUGCUCCUUACCGACCCCUGCACUGACCGCAGCACCGACCCCUGCACUGACCGCUGCACCGACCCCUGCUCUGACCGCUGCACCGACCCUUGCACUGACCGCAGCACCGACCCCUGCACUGACCCCUGCACUGACCCCUGCACCGACCCCUGCACUGACCCCUGCACUGACCCCUGCACUGACCGCUGCACCGACCCCUGCACUGACCCCUGCACCGACCCCUGCACUGACCCCUGCACUGACCGCUGCACUGACCGCUGCAUUGGCUGCUGCACUGACCCCUGCAGUGACCGCUGCACUGACCGCUGCACUGACCGCUGCACUGACUGCUGCACUGACCCCUGCACCGACCCCUGCAUCGACCGCUGCAGUGACCACUGCACUGACCGCUGCACCGACCCCUGCACCGACCACUGCACUGAUCACUGCACUGACCCCUGCACUGACCGCUGCAUUGGCUGCUGCACUGACCCCUGCUCUGACUGCUGCUCUAACCCGUGCUCUGACCGCUGCAUUGACCGCUGCACUAAUCCCUGCUCUGAUCCCUGCACUGCCCCCUGCACUGACUGCUGCAUUAAUCCCCCAGCCACACAGUGA